AUGAUAUAUGUAUAGAUAUUCCUCUCUGCUAAUCCGCGGCGGGGCGGGACCGCGCGAGAGAAGCGGUGUCCAUCUGUGCAGACACAGACCCGAACGCUUGCUCUCACGGCGCGCGACUACGUGGCUCUCCGCGUGGAUUAAUUUUUUUGGCUGAGGCAAAAAAAAGUUUUCAGCAAAGGGGAAUUGUAAACGCUGCCCGCCACCAGGUCGCCUAUCAACACCGUGUGGAGACCUGGAGACCCUCCCCCCCCUCCGCUCCGGACGUCCCGCUCUGCCAUCGUACCGCACAGUGACGCUUGCUAUGCCCCACCAGUGAUGGAGGCCAUGACGGUGACCACAUCGGGGGCGGGGCCGGAUGAGUUCGACCGCAACGCCCCGAGGAUCUGUGGCGUCUGCGGAGACAAAGCCACCGGCUUCCACUUCAACGCCAUGACCUGCGAGGGCUGCAAGGGCUUCUUCAGACGGAGCAUGAAGCGCAAGGCCAGCUUCACCUGCCCCUUCAACGGCACCUGCAACAUCACCAAGGACAACCGCCGUCACUGCCAGGCCUGCCGCCUCAAGCGCUGCGUGGACAUCGGCAUGAUGAAGGAGUUCAUCCUGACCGACGAGGAGGUGCAGAGGAAGAAGGACAUGAUCCAGAAGAGGAAGGAGGAGGAGGCGGCCCGGGAGGCGCUGAGGCCCCGGCUGAACGAGGAGCAGGCCCAGGUCAUCGCCUCGCUGGUGGAGGCCCACCGCAAGACCUACGACGACUCCUACUCCGACUUCUCACGCUUCAGGCCUCCGGUGCGGGACGGUCCGGUCACGAGGAGCGCCAGCCGGGCUGCCUCCCUCAACUCCCUCUCAGACGCCUCCUCAGACUCCUUCAACCACUCCCCUGAGUCUGUGGACACCAAGGUGAACUUCACCAACCUGCUGAUGAUGUACCAGGACGGGGCGGGGAGUCCUGACUCCAGCGAGGACGACAACAAGCUGUCCAUGCUGCCUCACCUGGCCGACCUGGUCUCCUACAGCAUCCAGAAGGUCAUCGGCUUCGCCAAGAUGAUCCCGGGCUUCAGGGAGCUGACGGCUGAGGACCAGAUCGCCCUGCUGAAGUCCAGCGCGAUAGAGAUCAUCAUGCUGCGCUCCAACCAGUCCUUCAGCCUGGAGGACAUGAGCUGGAGCUGCGGGGGGCCUGACUUCAAGUAUUGCGUCAACGACGUCACCAAGGCGGGCCACACUCUGGACCUGCUGGAGCCGCUGGUGAAGUUCCAGGUGGGCCUGAAGAAGUUGAACCUGCACGAGGAGGAGCACGUCAUGCUGAUGGCCAUCUGCCUGCUCUCCCCUGACCGUCCGGGCGUCCAGGAUCACACGCGCAUCGAGAACCUGCAGGACCGUCUGUCGGAGGUGCUGCAGGCCUACAUCCGCAUCAACCACCCGGGGGGGCGCCUGCUGUACGCCAAGAUGAUCCAGAAGCUGGCCGACCUGCGCAGCCUGAACGAGGAGCACUCCAAGCAGUACCGCUCCCUGUCCUUCCAGCCCGAGCACAGCAUGCAGCUCACCCCCCUGGUGCUGGAGGUGUUCGGCAGCGAGGUGUCCUAAAGACGCCCCCCCCGCGCCCACUUCCCCCCCCCCCUCCCCUCCCACCUGGCUCUCCCCAGACCCGUGACCCCCACCUUUUGUUCUUCGGUCCCCCCUCCCCAGCAUACGCCCCCCCCCCCCCCAGACGGACGAACCCACCGUUCAACACCGGACGCCCUGGGAGAACGGGUUCCCUUCUCCGCGCUCCUCCUCUCCCUCUCUCCUCCCUUCACCCCUCUCUCCUCCUCUCUCCUGAUGUUCUCCGAGCCCCCGGCCCCUGACGCCCCCCGCCUUUGCACCUCUGGAAUUCCGGGUAACGUAUUCCUGGAUCUCCCAAGUCCCGCCUCCACGUUCCCGCCGCACGCUUUCUACACGGAAGGAUGAACGGAGUUCAGACUGGCCGCUACGCCACCCGCAGCAAGAUAACCUGGCCGCUACGUCACGUGGCGCUACGUCACCUGGAGCCAGAUAACCUGGCCGCUACGUCACCUGGGAGCUCCGUCACCUGGCCGCUACGUCACCCUGUGAUACGUCACCUGGAGCUACGUCACCUAGCACCAGGCCAUUCCACCUGUGAGCAACCUGUACCUUUGAGUUGAUGGAGGGAUGUGCAGACAGAGCACCUCCCCUGGAGGUGGAGGAGGAGAAGGAGGAGGAGGAAGAGGAGGAGGAGGAGGAGGAGGAGGAGGAGGAGACAUGAGGAACAAAGGAGCUUUUCAUUGCAAAAAACCCUUUUUUCCAACGUCCCAAUAAAAAAAUGGUGACCACGGCGCAUCUCCCCGCCGCCACAGUGGUUUCCACGGUAACACCAUCCCCUCCUUCCAUUCCUGCACCGUUUAGAGGACGGGGGGUGGUGUGUGUGGGGGGGGGGGG